UCAAUUGUGUUGUUGAACACUGCAAAGUGGAAAAAUUAUACUGUGUAAAUAAAGGUUUGUGAAGUAAAUGUAAUUAUUAAGAAGAAUAAAAAACGUCAGGUUACAGAGUUGUCUCUUGUUAAAUCAGGGCUCCUAAUGUGACACGUGGAAAGCACCACUUGAAUCACAAAACUAAAAAAAUUUGUGCACAUUGCAUGUAGAAUAUGUCAAGUUAACAUGACUGACUUAAGAAGGACCCCAGUUUUGUGCAAUGCUGAGAUUGCCCACGUUCAGUUUUGUCUGCCUUUUUUUUUAGGUUGUCUGAUCUGACUGUAAUGGUAUGAGGAUUUUUAAAGGAGUACCCAUCAAUUUAUUUCAGUAACUUUACCACCAGUAUCAGGUUUCAUUCAGAUUCAAAUGUACUGUAUUUGCAGCAUUCGACCACCUGGUUGCUCCCCCAACAACUCUGGUUUUGUCACAACGUGGUGACAGAUAACAGCAUUUCAGACAUGAACUGUACAAUGCAUUACACGAAUUGCAUACUAAUACUAUAUAUUUCAUAAUGGGCACGUUCAUAACAAACUUUAUAUCAGUUUAUCAAAAAUAUGGCUUCUUUAAUAUAUCUGUAUUAAAGUACAAAAUAGUAUAAACGUGUAUAUAACAGGACACUCUGCUGUACAUCAUCGCUGCUGAGAUAAAGCAUCUGAUUAAUCUAUGGUAUUAGUAUUAGAUCUAUUCGGGUGGUGACGUCGUUCCAGGCUUGUGAGGAUUGGAUGGCCUAUAGUAGUUAAUUAUAUCAGUCAGAUGAACAUGAUAUUUGAAUGUGUUGCACGAAAUGUUUUACUGUAUAUGUGUCUUUCCCAACUAUGUGCCGAGCGUAUUUAACAGUAGUGCUAGGUAUUAGCAAAGAGUGUAUUUCCGCUUACAGUAAGUGCCGUAUCAGUAACUAGCACCACCACUCAAAAGGAAAGCUAUAGAACCGAUAUUUGUUAUAAGCAUGGUUAUCACGGUGGACGCAACAAAGCUGUACAAAUAUCCCUUUGAACGCGUGGUAGAUAUGCACUUAAACAAGUAUCCUACUCCUCUCGAGGAACAUGUCAGGGGAAUUAAAACUGUAGAAGAAAAAACAGACCAGAUCUCAGGAAUUAUAUAUAGAAGAAGGAUAGCGACCUGCAACAAUGUCAUCCCUAAAUUCUUAAGAAAGAUUCACGUCUUGAAUGUCAAUGACAUUUACCUCGAAGAGGAGUCAUGGCUGGAUCUGAAGCAUAGGAUUAUGAAUAUUAAAAGCCGUUGUCUCACAUGGGCCCAGUAUGCUACCUUACAUGAAGUAUCUGUUUUCAGGGAAAGUGCACUUAACCCAAACUGGACAGAAUUCUGUCAGCAAGGAAGCAUCAAUGUCACGGGUGUAGGGAAACUCAACAGGUUAUUUGAAGUGUUCGCUAAAUCAUUUUUCAGUGAAGGAGUGAAGAAGAGUGUCCGUAUUAUGGAGACCAUCCUGGAACAAAGAUUUGGACGUCCUUAUUCUUAAAAACAAUAAGACUGAUCUUGUUUAUCCUGCUGUUACUGAAGUAACAAAAUCUUUUCAAACUGAAUUCAAAUUGUUCCAUUGUCACAGUGGAUUCUGACUGAUUCUUCACACCAGGACCAGUUUGUUUAGUCAAAUUAUUUGUAACUGAGAAGCCAAUUAAGAUAUCCACAUAGCACUGCCAUUUUCAACCUAUAGCCUAUAUUGCUACAGAGACUUCUUCAGGAAUGAAUCAUGAACUGUAUAGCCUCUGCUUAUUUCUGCCCUUAGUUACUGUAUAUGCUUGUAUGCUUUCUGAAAUCAGAAUUUGAAGAUUUUGUUUUUGUUUGUUAGUUUUUUUUUUAAUGUUAGGGGUAAUAAUUCCAGACUUGAAUUUAAUUAACCAGGGGGCUCCUGAGUUUGUCUCAGGUAUUAAGGGUGCUUGUUCAGAGCGCAGGCUGAGCCCUGAAACACAGUUGUCAGAGAACUCUGUGGUUUGACGGCACUGGAGUUGGCCACCACAGAGUUGUUGGGUGCCUGCAGUGCUAUCGGGGAGCCAGUAUCCUGUAAACACAUGGGGAACUUUGAGAGAUGAGAGAUGGUAGAGAACAUAAAGAAAGGUGACAAAUGCACAUUUCAGGGGAAAGAAAGCAUUGCCUUCACUACCACGAGAUAGCAUAGGUGUUAAAACGGUAAAGCAGAGCUAAUUAUUCCUAGUUGGAGGUGUAUAAAAUGAAAUUAGUUGGUAUAUGUAAAAAUUGGGUUUGAUUACAUCAUGAAAGAUUCAGGAAAAACUAAAAGAAUAACAGAAUUACUAAUAUUCAAUCUUAUGAGAUUCAACAUUCCGUCCUUUUAAGGAUCUGGUGAUCUGCAGACCAUAUUAAAAGUCACUUGUCAGUUUAGAAACCUUUGGACCUGAUUCUUCUUUAUACUGAAUUACCUAAUUUAUUAGUAUUGCUAAUAAACUUGACUUCAACUUGGGGUGCCAUUCAUAUCUACUCAUAUUGUAUCAGCCCAGGAGUGACCUUUUGAUCUCCUGAAAGCAGCAGUGAUAUAGUGAGCAUUUUACUAGAGCCUAUGAGAUGGUAAGGUUCUGUUUUUUUAAAAUAUUUCCAAGUAUUGGUUCCUUUUCCCCACUGAAGAAGGAAUUAUAUUUUUAAAGUGUUAGAAAAGCAGGUAAGCAGACAGUUCAUAAGUUGAACGAAUAAGGUGCAGGAGGCUGUUUUGAUACAAUAAACUGAAUAAAAAAGAACAUUGCAGUAAUUUAUGUUAAUGAAAUUGAUCUAAGGCAGUUUUGCAUUUUACAGCACCAUGUGAAAAUGCAGAGCAUUCUUCAACAGCACUAUUACAUCUAUCAGGAAAAUUAAUAGGAGCCUUCAGCAUUGUAAUGAAACAUUUUAGAAACAUAAAACAUUUUAAAAUGAAUGUGGCACAUCCAGUUUUUUAUUUCGGUAGUAUAUAGACGCAGAACCAUUUUCAUAUUUGUGCAAUAAGAUAUUGGAAUGAUGUGGGUGUAUUUUGCAUUGGAAAUUAUGGGCUGAGAGUCACACACUUUGUAAAAGUUCACAGAGAUGUUGUGUAUUAAAUGAUUUUUAUUGUCUAUUCACAUUGCUUAAAAAGUAUUUUAACCAUUUCAUGUUAUGAGAAAUAAACUGUUUACUGUUUUCAGAACAUUCUUUCUACAGCUAGGAAAUGUAUGCUACAUGUGAAAACAUCAGGCACAUUACACAGCAAGAUUAGAAUUACCUGCUUAAUUCAGACUGAAAAAUAAAAAUGUCAUUUAAGCCA